GUACAAGCCAACUGCCCUCUGGCCUGGGUAAAAAUUAGGGGGCCCUGGAAGGGUGCUCCCAAUCAGGGAAAUAUUGAAAUCUUAAACCUGAAUAUGAAGCCUGGGAACACCCUGAAGGUGAAGGGCAAAAUAUCUGCUGAUACUGUUGGCUUCAGCAUCAAUCUUGGCUGCAGCUCAAGAGAUCUGGCAUUUCACUUCAACCCCCGCUUCAACGAGUCUGUCAUCGUCUGUAACUCCAAGUGCUCUGAUUCCUGGCAGACGGAACUCCGUGACCGCCACCUCCCUUUCUUCAGGGGCUGCACUGUCAAGUUCUUCAUUGAAAUGCUGUCAGACAAGUUCCGUGUGAAGCUGCCGGACGGCCAUGAGGUGUGCUUUCCCAACCGGCACGGCUACCACAACAUCACCUACAUAAGCAUCGUGGGGGGCCUCAAGAUCAUCUCCUUCAAGCUCACCUGA